CCAAACGAAGCAAUACAAACGUUAUUAACGUAAAAAUCAGCGUGAAAAAUGAAUAUCUGCAUAUUUAUUAUUCUAUUUGCUAUAAAUUUGGGGUUCGUACUAAGUGAGACAAGUGUAAUUGUGGUUAUAAAUCAUAAUACAUGUUGCAAAGUUGAAAAAUUUCUAAUCGACAAAUUUGAAGCCGAUGUCACUCCGGUAUACAAACAAUUUCUUAACGAAUGUUUGGAAGAGCUCAACUUAACUGAUGUGGAAAAAAUUGAACUGGGCAAAAGCAGUGCUUGCAUUAUCGAAUGCAUAGGCCUAAAGGCGAAUAUUAUUACUGCCAACAAACGAAUGAAUGAGACUGGAUUCCGAAAUGUUGUCAAUGAAAUUCCAUUAGAAGAGCAUCAAAAAGCAGUGGCCGAAGAAACGAUAACAAAGUGCAUGGAAAAGGUUAGAUCAUUACCGGAGAUUGUAAUCAACGGCUGUACUACCAUGACAAUUCGUGCUGAUCAUUGUAUUGCAAUGGAAUUCUUUAAAUCUUGUCCCGUUGAAAAGCAAGACACUUCGAAAAUCUGCGUAGAUUUACGUGAACAUAUAAACAAAAUGUAAUUUCAUUUGCACUGAAAUAAAGUUGAGCGUGAACAUAA